UUUUUUGUCAACGACUGACAACUCGUUUCGUUAACUGUGCGGAAAAAAUAUUUUUAUUAGUGGAAAAAAGAAAACAAACAGCCGAAUUUUUUUAUUAUUUACUCGAGAUAAGUGAUAUUCUACAAUAACACCAAUUAAAUUCAUGAAAAAUAUUCAAGUAUUUGCUAAAAAAAGGCAAAUAAAAAGUCAAGUGGAAAAAGUAAUGCACCACCACCAUCGAUAAUAGAAAGAACAACUUUAUUACUGUGAGCAGCAGAGGGAAGAAGAAGCAAAUGGUAGCAGACAAAACAAAAUAAACCUAAGAACAAUUUGCAAUAAGCAAGAAUAUAAUUAAAUAAGACGUUUAAUGUGGUGUAGUGUCUUGUUAAAAGUGUAUUUGCCAUAAUGUCAUGGUUUAUUAGAUGAAAUUUCCAUUUGGGCCCAGCAUUAUCAUGUGAAAAUCUGAAAAAAAUCGAUUGGAAAUUCGCCUAUACAUACAUACAAAAAGUAGAGUGAGAGGACUAGCGCGCCAAUAAGAGACAAUAGAGAAAGAGAACGAGUGAGUCUCUCCCUUCCAAUGCCAUGUAGAUGACAUUGGAAUUACUACACGCACACACAUUCAAAACGGGCACACGCGUAUUUUGUUCAUAUUGCAAAGAAACUCGCGUAAAGAAGAAGAAGAAGAACGAGCAUAAAAAAUACGUAUUCACUGUGAAAUGUUAGCACUGGCCAAAAAGCGCAAUUUAUUCAUUGAUAGAUGGUUGUAUUCUCAUUGUUGACAGUGUGUUUUUGUUGUAAGCCUUAACGAAGUGACAUCAGUCGUUGUGAAUGGUAGAAGUAACAACAUCUAAAAGAAAAUAAGUAGGAAUAAAACAGCGAAAAAGUAGCAGGCGAAACGGAAUCAAAUUGGAAAUUUGUCUAACUUAUAUACAAUGACUAUUCCUAUUAGACUGCGGAAAGAGUUUUGAUAUUCAAUGUGGAAUAAAAGAAAACAUAUUGUGCUGCCACCACCACCGCUGACGUCUAUUUCAAUAAAUACGAGAGUAGUAGGACCAGCAUUAUCACCAAUCAGCCGUGUUUUGUUCCCCUCGGCAAAAACAAAAUUGUCAAUUGGUGUUGUUUUUAACGUGUAGCAAGAGCCGUACUACGCUUACAUUGUUAGAAAAAGUGCUUUAGUGCUCCAUAAACGCACACAACUCAUUACAACAAUCUUUGUCGUCCACUCCAGUGACGACAUACGACUGCAACAAUUGUUCCUUAUUUGUAAAUCUGUGGUUGCUUGGCGCUCUUGUACAAAGCAAUGGAAUCUGGUCCCAAUGGGAUAAAAGUUGAACCUACACUUGAACAACAACAUCUGCAACAGCAGCAUCAGCAGCAACAACAACAGCAGCAUCAUCACCAUCAGCAGUAUGCUACAAAUCUUUUAGCUCUCAAUGGCUCGAAUGCACGCUUACUCAUCGAUCAUCCGCUGUUGGUGCCAUUGUCGCAUCACGAGCAACAGUUGCAACAACAACUUCAGCUGCAACAACAGCAUCAACACCAACAACAGCUGCAGCAACAUCAUUUGCAACAGCAACAACUGCAACAGCAGUUAGCCUCACAACAACAGCAGCAGCAGCAACAACAGCAGCAGCAACAACAACAACAGCAGCAACAGCAACAGGUCGAUCAACAACAGCAGUUGCAACAAUUGCAACAACAUCAACAAUUACAACAAUUAACAGCGGUUUAUCCACAGCCUUUGUCUCUGAAACAACAACCCCUUCCUACACCAAUUGUUAGCAAUGCCGUACCCAGUGUUGCCGCUGUCCCGGCUGGCACGAGUGGCGUAAACACCACUACCUUGGGUCCAGCUUCUGUAACUUCAUCAACCUCAUCGGCAGUUAGACAUCGUUGGAAUGAAAGUCCCGAAGCUAGAGCUAGACGCCUAGCUCGUAACGCUGAACGAAUGCGGGAACGUCGUAAUCGCGAAACCGAAGAAGAAUAUCGUAAGCGGCUGGCCCGCAAUGCCGAAGCCAAUCGCUUGCGUAGGCAAAACGAGUCGGAAAUGGAGCGGGCAAUGCGUCUAGUGCGUAAUGCCGCCAGGCAGCGUCUGCGUCGCGCCAUGGAAUCUCCAGAUCAGCGGUCCAAACGACUGGUCAAACUUGCGGAACGUAUGCGUAUGUAUCGAGCCAAUGAGACUCCUGAACAGAGAAAAAUACGGCUGGCCGAAAUGGCAUCACGCGCCCGUCAACGUAUUGCCAAUGAAUCGCCGGAAUCGCGUAAGGAACGACUGAAAAAACUCAAUGAAUAUGCAAGAAAGGUCAGAGAAAAGAAAAAAAUUUUAAAAUCUGGCGCGGCGCAGACUCCGAAUUCCACCCAGAAUUCGAAUACGACGACGCAAAGCGCUACAACUAAUUGUAAUAAUGACUCUUUAAAUCUAAACCAUCAGGCACCGGCAUCGUCAUCUGGAACAACCGCAACACCAGGCAGUGGUGGCAGCGGAGGCGGAACGAAUGGUAGCGGUAACUCUGUAACGCCAACCGGUAACGAGGAGCUUUCUCGUCAAGGCAACUCGGGAACAACCAACGGAGGGGACCAGCAGCAACAUCAAUUAACGGCAUCAUAUCAAACAGCUGCCGCCUUGGCAGCCAAUCCCAUUGAAUACUAUCAAAACAUGUUCAUUAAUCCCACAACGCUACGCACAGGUAGUGCCAUCUUGAAGCAGGAACCACAAACACAACAAUCUGCUAGUAGCCUACAACAAAAUCGCUUUGGCACACCACACCAACAGCAAACGGGGGGUGGAGCAGUAGGUGCCAGUCUGCUUGUCGAAUCGGAGGCAUCAAAUCUCUUUUCACAGCAUCUGUACGAUGAGGCAUCACAAAAGGUAUCCCUUAAACUGCCACAAACAGCAGCUAAUGUUCCUCAUUUCAGCACAAUCGCUAGCUCAUUAGAUUUAUACCAACAGAAUAAGUAUGCUAAGAAGCAGGAGCUUCAACAGACAAACAACAACAACAACAACCACUCACCAACCAGUAAUAUCAACAACAGCGGGUCUGUUGGAGUCUCUGCCGCCGCUUCCAGUCAGAAUGAGAAAAACGAGGGACAAAAACUGAAGACAACACAUCCACAGAUACAAAAUCCUCCCACACCGCUCUACAAUCAAUUCCCCUAUUUGGCCACAUUUCCAGCAGCUGCAACGGCGGCAAAUACAACGGUUGCAGUGACCACACCGCCGAACACACCCACACAAGCAGCCGCUGCCACAGCUUACUAUCCCAUGUAUCACAAUGGCUUUCAAUUGGGUAUAGCACCGAAUACUGUGCCGCCACCAUUUACCCCUGUGCAUUUUACGACCGCAUCGAAUGCAGUGGGAGGAUCCGCGACAGGAUCAUCGCCACCUAAUUCGGCAGCCAGUCAACAGCAACAGCCACAGCUGCAACAGCAACAGCAGCAGCAGCAGCAACAACAUGUCAUACAGGAUUUUCCAAAAUCGGUCCGCGGUCGUCCUAGAAAGCUGAUAUUUAACAACAACAGUAAAGAUCCAUUGAAUACGUCGCAGGACGAUGUACUGCUGCAACAGCAUCAACAGAAAAUGAGUGCGUUGUUGGAGCAAGAGAUCAGUCAAAUGUUAGCAUCACCACAAUUGGCACAGCGACGCGGACGUGGUCAAUCAUAUCAGCACUUGGCACAGUUGCAGCAACAACAACAACAACAACUACAGCAGCAGCCUCAGCAAAUACAACUGCAGCAGCAGCAGCAGCAACAGUUGCAGCAACAUCAAGACCAACAGCAGCAACAUCAAGACCCACAGCAGCCGCAGCCGCCUCAGCAACAUCAAGAACAACCGCAACAACAACAACCACAUUCCCAAUUGUCUCCCAUGCCACGUAAAAUUAAAUAUGAAAAUGACGAUGAAAAACGGAAACGUUUGGAGAAAAUGGCAGCACACCAAAGGGCAGCGCGAGCCAAUGAAACACCCGAGCAAAGGGCGGUUCGUUUACAAAAGCUAAGUGAACGGGCACGCCAGAAACGUGCUGAAAUACGUGCCACCGAAACGCCCGAGGAGAGGAAGAUACGCCUAGCCAAACAGGCUGAAUAUGCAAGAAUGCGACGUCUACGAACCCACACACCGCACUACAAUCGGGUAAAGGUUGAAAAUGAUGUUGAUGCUGGGGGUGGUGUUGCAUCUCCCUCAACGGCGGAUCUAUACAAUUCAACCGGUGCCUCUACCACAGAUGGCUAUGAUACCAAAAACAAUAUCACUGCUGAUCUACAUAGCGGUGGAAGUUUGAGUGGCGGCAGCUUAUCGCAGGAGAGCAGUCCAUCAAAUAGUCAGGAUCAGCAAUUACAACAACAACAACAGCAACAACAACAGCAGCAGCAACAACAUCAACAGCAACAAAUAUUAAUGCAACAACGGAUGCUGCAAACACCCAAUCUACUCAAUCACAUCAACAACAACAAUAAUAAUAAUAACGGUAAUAAUUUUUUAAAACAACAAGGCAAGGACUUUAACAAUCAACAGCAAAAUUCAACCACGCAGCAACAACAACAAUCCGAAAACAAUAAUGAUAUGUUGAAAAUUCUCGAACCCAUAAUUGUUAUGAAAACAAAGUAAACAAAUGAGGCAACUAAACAGAGAGAGAGAGAGAGAGAGAGAGAGAGCGACAGAGCGACCAGGCCACACAUGUUAUGCCAAUUGUUUUUUUGGUGAGAUUUUCAAAAUGAUUUGUAUUCUAUGGCAGGACAUUUUGUAAUUGUUUUUAUACCCUUCACCAUUCUAUGGAGGUUAUAUUAAGUUUGUCAUUCCGUUUGUAACUCCUCGAAAUAUUCAUAAUGGACCCUACAAAGUAUACAUAUUCUGGAUCAGCGUAAAAGUCUAAGACGAUCCACGAUGUCCGUUUGUCUAUCCAUCUGUCACGCUAUCUUUCGAACGAAUUGAGAUGGAAGGCUAAAUUUUUCCAUACAUGCAUAGUUUAACAGUAGGCAGGCUAAGUUCGUGAAUGGGCCAUGUUGGUCCACGAUUUCGUAUAGCCCCCAUAUGACGGUACCUGCCGAUAUUCGGCAAUUUGAUGAUUUCAGCAACAUUAUUCACCCGAAUCGUUUCAAAUUUCGUUUUGGAAGAUCUUAGUGGGUACUGCAACCUAUGUCAAAAAAUGUUGUAUGCAGGUCCCCGUCUUCGUAUAGCCCCCUUAUAACGGUACCUCCCAAUAUUCAGAAUUUUCAUGAAUUUACCGACAUUAUUCACCGGAAUUAUUUCAAAUUUGGUAUUUGAAGUUCGUAAUGGGUACUACAGCCUAUGACAAAAAAUUUCGUAAGCUAGUUCACGUCUUCGUAUAGCACCCAUAUAACACUUUUCAUUUAAGUGGUAGUUUCCGGAAGUUUUUUUUGAAAAUUUUCAAGUUCCUUUCAAAUGGUGGUGGGUAUAAAAAAAGUAUAGCUGUUUUUUUCUCUUGUUAUUGUAAUGGGACACAAGUAAUGCCAAAGAAGCAGUUGAAACAUUUAGUGAAACUAGGAAGUAUUUCGUAAAAGAUGGUUCCGGGUACACCCCCUGCAACCAUAUCUCAUGCCAUGUCAGUGGGUUUUUAAUUGAAAAACAAAUGGGUUCUGUAGAAUGUGGUCUUUACGACAUUACAAAAAUAUUCAAAAUCGUUUAAUUUCAUAAAAAAAUCAUAACAGAUGCUAUUGAAAUAUAAAGCACAAAAUGCCCUUUUCACGACUCUGCAAAGUUACCUCAUGCCUUCUUUCAAAACAAAUGUAUUUUGAAGAAUGUUGUUUUUACGACAUAACAAAAAUAUUCAAAAUCAUUUAAUUUCAUACAAAAUUCACAACAGAUGUAUUUGAAAUAUAAAACACAGAAAGCCUUUUUUCACGGCCCUGUAUUAUUUUUUAAAAAUGAAAUACGGAAGGAAAUUAUUUGAAAAAAGAGACAUUAGCAACAAAUUUUAUCGAUUUUCCCUAAAGUUUGUUUUCUAAGUGUCCUAAAUUUGUUAAAUUUCUAUUGUCUGUGACAAUAACUGAAUGGGUAAAUUAAAAAAAGCUUACGCGUUCAAGAAUUCGCGUUUGAGUUAGUUCUUUUAAACUUAGUCACGAACAUAAGAUGGGUAUGGAUGGAUGUGAUUUCCUUCUCGGUAUGUAAAUUCGGAAACAAUAUCCUUCGUGGAGAUACAUAAUGACAAUCUUCUAAGAUUUUGCAUCUCCAACUUUGUUUAAACUAUUUCCGUAGUUGGUACUUGGUGUUGUGCUCAGACUUGAUUGAAAUAUAAAAAUUAAUUAAUUAAAUAAAAAAAAAUUGUUCAAAUCCGCAUAAUGUUCCAUUUCAAUAAUUUUCGUUUUAAGGUGGCUGGCCAUCUUUUGUGUUUAACCAUGCUAAUUUAAAAGCUUUUUGGAUAAAAUAAUGUUUUUUUUUGUUGAUAUUCAAACUAUAUAAACCAAUCUUUGAACUCUUCUGCAAAUAUGUAUCCACCCAAAUUAAUUAUAUUUUCGGGUAGUAAUUGCCAAUUGAGAAUGGAUUUGGUUUUGCUUUAAAGUUUCACAAUUCAAUUCAAAACCGAAUGAAUUACACAAUGUCCUUUGCCAAAGAAUUGUUUUCGUUUAGAUCCUAAAGUGGUCACAGUGGUGAUACAAUGUUUAACAUAACCAAAACCCCCAACAAUAAGAAAGAAAUAGUAAUAACCAUAAAUAUAGACCCAAACACACACACACACUCACACUUAUAUAUAAAUAUUUAUGCAAACCACUAAAAACAGCAAUCACUAGACAAUGCGACCACUAAUUAUUAUAUAUUCUCAAACUGAAGAUAUAUAUAUAUUUUUUACUAACAUAUUAAUUGAACCGUCUUGUAAAAAAGCGAGAGUAAGCGAGUUACCUUUUAAAAUCAUGCAAAAUGAGAUUUAAAAAAAGACAAGGCAAUUGGGUUAAAAAUGAGAAUUUAAAAAAAAAACUCAUGGCCCACAUAAGAUCGGCCAAGCAGACUAUUUUUGACAAUAAACUUAGUACAAAAACUACUAUGUUUAUUGUCAAAUGUAGUCUUCCUGGCCGACCUUAAGGUGGGAAUAAAUAAAGCGAUUAUUUGGCUGGCUUUAGUCAUCGGCUGGCUUCUUCGUAGAGGAACAAAGGAGUUUUACGUUGACCAUAGGCUCAUUUUUUCCGAAGAAGCCAGCCAAAUAAGCGCUUUACGUAUUCCCACCUUUAUAUAGGCCUUGAUAACAGUUGUUAAAUUUUUACUAUUGGUUACAUUCGAUGUGUCUGGUUAUCCUUACAUUUUUAAAAAUUGUUGCACAUUAUUACUGAAAGUUGACAGUUCUUUUAGUCACGUUUUGAAAAUUCUUGCAGGACAAAUUUCGUCUUUGCUUGUAGCUCUUCUUCUCUUUUCGGUUAUUUAUAUUUCGGUAAGCAAUUUUGAAACAUCUGUAUUUUGGAAUUAUACCCUACACCACAAAGUGGUAGGGGUAUUAUGUCUUUGUGCAUUUGUUUGUAACGGGGAGAAGGAAGCGAGAUAGAUCAUCACUUUCUGAGGCGAAUUAUACAUGUCAAUCUGUCCGUCCAUCCGAUCAAAAUGUCAGUCGCAUUUGUGCACCAAAUGUCCAAUAUAAGUCCAAAUGACCUGAAUUUUGGCACAUCCAACCGAAUUCAGUCUAGAAGCAAGUAAAUCAAAUUUAGUGAAAAUCGGUUCAGAUAUAGCUGUAGGUCCCAUAUAAAUGGUUCAUCCGAUUUUGGUGUUUAAUUCCCUUACAUGCGUAAUAAGCACUUCAUAACAAAGAUAUUUGUUGCCAGAUAUCAGAUACAGCCCAGAAAUACCUCUGCCAAAUUUGAUCAAGAUCGGUUCAGAUUUGGAUAUAGCUCCCAUAUAUAUAUCUUCAACCGAUUUCGGGUUAAUUGUGCACCAAGUCCUGAAUUUUGGUACAUCCGACCGAAUCCGGUCUAGAAGCAGGUGCAUUAAAUUUGGAGAAAAUCGGUUCAGAUAUAGCUAUAGCUACCAUAUACAUGUUUCAUCCGAUUUGGUGUUUAAGUCCCCCAAAUUCGUAAUAUCCAUUAUAGAGCUCGGAAAUACCUUUGCCAAAUUUUAUCGAGAUCGGAUCAGAUUUGGAUAUGGCUUCAUAUAUAUAUCCUUAAUCCGAUUUCAGGUUUAUUGUGCAAAUAAUGGCUAAUAUCAGCCCAAUUGGAGAAAAUUUCGGGACGUACGUUUAGAUUUUGUGAAACUCCGCUAUAUAUUUUUUUAUAUUGUCCUUCUCAUGCACUCUAUAGCAAUGUUAUUUGGUAUAAAAGAUUAAAAUGUCUCCGUCAAAUUUAUUGAAAAUCGAUUCAGAAUUGGAUAUUAGCUUUCCUCUGAAACCAAACUAUAACUGCUCUAAAAUCAAAGUUUGAUUGGUGGUAUGAUAUACUUCAAAUAAAUUCUUUUGUUACGGGAGCUCUACUUAAUAUGCAUAGUAGUGUAGGGUUUCAUAUAGUCGGCCCGCCACUUUUGACUUUUCCUUACUGACGAAAUUUUUUUUAUUUUUACAAAUAAGAUCAGAUUGCUGGCAAGUUUAUGUAGGAAUUCCGUCUUUUUUACUUUUUACAGCUUUCCUGCAAAAGAAAACAAAUCGUUAUACUCUCUCAGAAAGAAGCUGCUGGACAAUUCCUGCAGGAAAAGUAAUCAGACAGUCCAAAUAUUUAAUGUUUUCCUAGCUUCUUCUUCAAAUAUUUCAAUGCCGUUGUAUCUUCAGAUAAUUAUUGCCGAGUUUCGCCUUCAUGUUAUAGUUGUAUGUCCCACAAAUUAUUUUUGGUGUUCCAAAUGUUCCUUUCAAAUUUCUUAAGGUCCUCUUAUUUUUUUUAUUAAUUCGAAGACAACUUUCUCAGACCUUGUUUUGCUGAGCUACCUUUAAAACUAUUUAAAAAAAUAUAUCAAAUUUUGUUUUAGGUUUUUAGGCUGGAGGAUUGGUUUGUAAGAUAUUCAGAAAAGUUAUUGACAUUGUUUAGACUAACAACUGUAAACAAUAUAAUAGAUCAUUUUCCCUUCAGGCUCUCGCUCUUCAAUUUGUUAGUUUAGUAUGGAAACCCAAAAUGUUUUGAUUUGUCAUAGAAAGGAAAAGGCCCCAUGGCCUAAAAGUUAACAACAAUUCUUAGAUUACUACUAUUACAAGACGGUUUAAUACAAAUCCAAACAUAUAAAUAAUAUGUAGUUGAACAAGUAAUUGUAGUGGAAUAUGUAAUAUUAUAAAUCUAGCAACCAGAAAAAAUAAUAAACAUCAAUAUCUAUAUAUAUGGAAAUGUGAUGAGGGGAGCCUAAUUCACACAUACUUAUGUAACAAAAACAAUAACAAAAA